AUGUCGGGGUUGACGGUUAAACAGUCUCAGGCCAUUCAACCGACCACCUCGGAAGGAUACCAGACAUUCUGCAAGAAGCAGAAAUUCAAGCCCGAGAUUGUCGAGUUUGAGCAUGGCGCGACUGGAUGCUUUUUGGGGCCGAAAACGGCGAAAAAGACGCUGGUCUGGUUUCACGGCGGCGGGUAUAACUUCGCAGCUGCAGAGGAGCACUGGGGGAUGCUGUGGGAUUUUAUCGAGCUGGCCAAGAAGAAUGGCGCAGAGUUGAGGGUUAUGGUUCUCGAGUAUGAACUGGCCCCUUAUGGUGUGUUCCCUUUGCAGCUUAAGCAGGCGGUCGCUUCGAUCCAAUACCUGCUGAACUCGGGCUUGCAGCCUUCCCAGAUCCUCAUAGGCGGGGAUUCCGCAGGAGGAAACCUGGCAGCAGCAUUCACGGCGCACCUGACUCAUACUCACCCCAGCGUUCCAGCUAUAGAUCUGUCCAGCAACAUAGGCGGGGCACUCCUGGUCUCCCCCUGGGUCUCCUUCACCCAGGAACGAGCGUCGUGGAAGAGCAACCAUAAAAAGGACGCGCUCGACCCGGCGACCGUCCGAAUAUGGUCCGACAAUUUCAUGGGCAAGACGCCCAACGACAACUGGAGCCAGCCUGCCGAAGCACCGGCAGAGUGGUGGAAAGGCUUGAAGGUGGAUGACGUUGCCAUCACAGCGGGAGGGAAUGAGGUUUUGAGGGACGAUAUUCGAAUAUGCGCUGAGAACAUCAAGGUCCAUAAUCCUCAGGUCGAAUACUUCGAAGCGCCUGGAGAGGCGCAUGAUGCUAUCAUCAUGGACAAGGCGCUUGGGCUGAAGGAGGAUUUUGCAUCGGAGCAGUUUAUCCGCAAGUGGAUUCUGGCAAGGGUGAAAUGA